AUGAGUGUUGAACCAGUUGAUGAUUCAAAGAAUAUGAAGCUAGCCUGUCCCAUUUGCGGGGACAUGAUACUCUCUACUGUUUUCCCCUUUCAUCGAAGAAAGCACCAACUGACAACGAGAGUCACUCUGGAUGAUGGAUUCAUUGCCAAGAUAUCUAGAAAAGACGACCAGUCACCAUUCAUUUGUUAUUGCGGUGGAGAGCACAACACUCCUGGAGGAUUAAGAAAGCAUAUCAAGAAAUGCACCCACAUUGAAUCUGCCAAAUCAACAAUGCAAAGGAAUGAUGUGACUACUAAGGCUACCAAGAAGCGAGCCCGGUCUACUUCACUAUCUAGCACUACUAGAGCUAAUAUAGAUCAGGAAGGUUUACCAUUGGACGAGUCUGUUCGUAAUGGCCAUCGCUCUGGCCAUAGGGAUGAGAAACACACUCAUUUGACUAGAUCAGAUUCUCAUGAAAGCGGUUUAUUACAGCCAUAUGUAUCUGAUCGCCAGCCCUUGGAGGUUUCUCGUGCCGAUACUUUGAAACAAAGUACUACCAAACUAAAAACCACUCUGUCCAUGUCCACACCCAUCCCACAAUCACCGACAGAACUUGAUUCAUUUGUUCAUCAGCUUGCUUCAAAUUCUGGUCUGUUUGUGAUUCCAGGAGUUCCCGAAUCCAAAUUUGUAGUGAAUCUUACUAACCAGGUUUUGAUUUGCCUUUUGUGCUGCGAUGUGGUGUCUUGCGAGGAACGUGACCUCAAAUUACAUUUGGACAUGCAUGGUCUGAAGUCUCUGUAUGCACCGAUUCAGAAAGCCAUCGUUACUAGAAAGUGGGAUUUACUAAAAGGUCGCCAUCCAGACUUUAUCAAAAUGACUACUCCCACAGCCAUGCUUCGCGAGCCUGUUGAAGGUGUCGAGAUAUUUGUCAAUGGAUACCGGUGUAGAUACUGCGUAUUCUACACCCGAAAAGCGGAAAGUUACCGCAAGCAUCUUGAUAAAAAACAUCAAAAGCGAAACAGACAAAUUUUGGACCAAUGCCAUAUUCAAACAUUUCGUCUUGGAUCUGGCGAGUAUAGACAUAUUGGUGUGUUGGGUACAAAUUCUGGCGAGAUUGAUGCGAAUUCCAAUCUGUCUGAUGAUGUGGAGAUGGACAGUCGUCAAGAAUCGACUACAGAGUAUCCCUCGUCGAAAUUUCCAACAGAACCAGCCGAUAAGGAGCCCACAUGGAUGCAAUCAUCCUCACCAUCAUCAUGCACCGUCUCUUUUAUAUCGACGCAACCUGCUUUUGAAAACGAAGGUGUUCAAACACCUACAUCUAUUCAGUUUCUUCCUAGUCCUGACGAGGUUUUUGAGUCAAAGCUUGGGUUUAUGCAAGAAAUGGAGCGACUUGGACUCGAUUUUGUUUUUAAUGUAAUUCAGAAACCAACUACAUUGAAAUUGGAUUCAAAAACAAUACCCUGUACCUCUGAAAGUAUGUUGGAGGACCCCAGUUUAUGGACAGGCUUUAUUAGUGAUGCUAUGCUUGAGUACUGGUUAGCGAUCGAUGGUGAUCUUGGCAAUCGACACUGUAAUAGUCUGAUGUUGCGAAAGGCCAUCUGCAGCACUGAUGGUGUAUUGAGAAGCUCGUCUAUAAUGCAGCCCAUUCGUGAUUCAGACAUGGUCAAGACGUAUGCAGAAACAGCUUCUCAUUUCAUUAUAUUUAUUGAUAAUCUGUCUCGAUCGACACAUGCAGAUAUGCAGCAUCUUAUUCCUGAGAAUGUGAUGCACUCGAUGGAUCAAUUCAAAAAAGCCAUUGUACAUGCGGUAUCCGAACACCCUAAUUCUAACCGCCAACUCAUUCUUUCCGCUCUUCAAACUCUACUUUCUGAUCUAGUGCAUGUACGGCACACAUUGGCUCAGGGCCGAUCGUCACAUCUCAUUUAUUGGUUUCUCAUGUUUCUCAUGCUAGAUGUGGAUAAAAGACUCAAGCCUGUUUCAGUUUUGGUGCAUUUAGUUCAACAACUGAUGCAUUUUUGUCGCUUGGUUGUGUUUGCAGAAAUUGUUGCUUUGGAUCCUUUAUCCGACGCACGAUUUCAAAAUGAGCAAGAUCACCUUUGUUUUGUACGUGAUGAUCGAAACACACCUUUUGGAUUGCUAAGUGAAGUCAUGGAGCAACUUGCCGAUAUCUGUUCUAGUUGA